AUGGAUACUCAAGCUAGAACUUUACUUACUCAAAAUGGAUCAUUCGCUCAUAUAUUUAGAAUGGAUAAUUUAGUUUAUUUUGUUUCAACAAAUUAUUGUGAUUUAAUUGGUUCAAUUCUCAAGUUACCUGGUGUCCCAAAAGUGUUUAAGAAAUUAGAAAGAGAUUCUGAACAGAUUAGUCGAUUAUAUAAAUCAUUAGAAAAUCAUCAAGAACUUUAUAUUGAAGACUGUUCUGGAUUACAUAAAUCAGAUUGUUUAUUCUUAGCUUCAUCAUUUACUCAAUUAACAAUAUUUAAUAAUAAUUUUAAUGAACUAAGAAGAUUGUCAUUUGAUUGUGGGAGAGGAGAAUUUAAUGAUGAAUUAUUAUGUCAAAUAGCCGAGAAUGUUCCAAAAUCGCUUGAAACUAUUAAAAUUGGAAUGAAUCAUGAUAAUCCAUGGAUAUUUAGUGCUGAUAGUUUAAGAAAUUUUUUUGAAGGGUGGUGUCGAUAA